GGUAGAAGAAGAAGAAGAAAAUACCAUCGAGCUCUCCACGUGCAACAAAAGUUCGGUUACUUUUACGUUUCGUAAAUAAAUCAUGAGACGACCAAAGUUAAAGAAAGCAAGUAAGCGGAUCUCCUGUGCCAAACGUUAUAAAAUACAAAAGAAGGUACGGGAACACAACAGAAAGCUUCGAAAAGAGGCAAAAAAGAAGGGAGUGAGGAACCGAGUGAAGAAGGAUCCAGGAGUGCCCAGCAGUGCUCCCUUCAAAGAGGAGGUCCUCAGGGAGGCAGAGCAGAGGCGGCUUCAGCUUGAAGAAGAAAGAGAGAGAAAGAGGCAAGCAGUGAAAGAGGAGCGAGCUAAGAAGAGGAAGGCAGAAAAAGAGGCUGCGGAUAAAAAAAAUGAGCCAAAGACCAAGAAAUCGCGAGAGGAAGAUGUUGGAAGCAAGUCAAAGAAACAGACUGCAGCAGACAAGAACUCGAAGCAAUUUCUUUGCUCUGAAUUAAACAAGGUAAUUGAUGCAUCUGAUGUUGUCAUAGAAGUGUUGGAUGCUCGUGAUCCUCUGGGGUGCAGAUGUCCCCAGUUGGAGGAGGCUGUGCUGCAGAGGGAAGGCCACAAGAGACUGGUUAUGGUUUUAAGUAAAAUAGACUUGGUUCCAAGACGGAAUGUGGAGAAGUGGACGCAGUAUUUACAACAGCAGUUUCCAGUUGUGGUUUUCAAACCAUCAGCACAUAUGGAGCCAAAACCAGUGCAAGCUAAGAACAGCAACGUAAUUGCCUACGAUCCAGCCCGGGACAUGUCGAGAGGAGCAGUGUGCUUUGGAAACACUUGUCUUCUGGAAUUCCUUAAAAGUUAUGCUACAAUCACAAAGGCAGGAGGUUCACUCAAAGUUGGUGUAGUUGGUUUUCCUAAUGUGGGGAAGAGCAGUCUAAUCAACAGUGUGAAGGGGGCUCUGGUGUGCAAUGUGGGCAUCAAGGGUGGUAUCACAAAGUCAAUGCAGGAAGUACGCAUCUUGGACAAUAUAAAGUUCAUAGACAGCCCAGGAAUUGUGGCAUCAUUGUCCAACCCACCAGCAUCCAUGGCGCUGAGGAGCCUCCAGGUGGAGGAGAGCAAAGAAAAACUGCUGGAGGCUGUGCAGGCUCUUCUUAAGCAAUGUGACAAGACAGAGAUUAUGAUGAUGUACACUAUGCCAGAUUUCAGAAACCCUUUAGAGUUUCUGACUUUGUUGGCCAAAAAACGAGGUUAUCUGAUGAAAGGUGGAGUCCUGGACAUGAAGCAGGCUGCCACAGCUUUCCUUUCUGAUUGGACAGGAGUUAAGAGGCGCUACUACUGCAACGUACCAGAGAGCCAAAGCCGUCCAUCCUACCUGUCAGACGACUUGUUGUCUGACAUGCAGAAAUGUUGGGAUCUCAAAAAACUAAAACUAGGAAAUGAGGAAACCUUUAAAGGUGUUAAAUUUUCCAGCUAUGCCAGCAGUCUGACUUUAAUCUCCAAAGGACCGACUGCUGGAAUCUUGAGUGUUAGUGACUUCCCACAGGGAACCCUUUGCGCUUCAUCAAGAGAGAGAGCUGAGAAGAAAGAUGAGUCUGAGUUCACUGUUGAGAAGUCUGAUAAAGCAGCAGAAGAUGGAGAGCACCCUCAGACAUCUGUUAACAAAAAAAAAGACGGCCAAGUACAGUUCUCACAUGUCCCAGUUGACAUCAACCUUUGUACAGUUCAAACAGAUGAUGCUUAUGACUUCAACACUGAUUUUCAUUGAGCGUUAUGCUGCUUCUGAGCCAAGAACCUCAGCCCAGGUGGUCUUGUGGACAUGCAGACCAAAGUCCAUAUGCAUAUAACGGUGACUGUUUAAGGCUGGCAGUUGUAUGCAUUAAAAUCAGAAAAAUACAUACACCCUUUGAUAAUCUCAUUUAAAGCAUUGCCAAACAAAUGGUUCUGGACUUGUUUUUUCUCUCUCCAUCUCAUUGUGAAAGGUUAUAUGCAAAAUCUUUGUCUUCAGUCCAGCAUUUGUUUAUAGAUGUACACAGACACCCUCUGAAUUGGUUCAUUGUUCUGCAAUUACCUGUCUGCUCAAAUGGUCUGUCAGAAAAAAAAAAAGGCUGACUCAUUAGUGAAAAUGUCGUUGCAUCAAUUGUCAUGAGUUUCACGAAAAAUAUUCAAGGAAAUAUCAAAACAGAAUAAAUGGCAGUUAUUUAAAAUAGUUUUUAACCUGAUCUUGACUGAAGUGCAUUGUAAAAAAAAAAAAAAAAAAAAAAAAA